CUGCGCCUUCAAUCUCUUUUAAAUUUUUUUAAACAUCUGGCCUGGGUAUAGCUAAAAAACAAAAAAUUCAGCAAAAUAAACAUUGCAUGGGCAGGAGCAGGAGGAUAUUAAAGUUGGAAAGGAAUAGAUGGCGGAGAAAGGAUACAUGGUACAAUGCUGUAGUGGUUAUGGUUUGGGGUUUAUUUUCUGCUGCUGGAUCCUAUAAAACGGUUCGUGCCGACUCCAAGUUAAAGGAAGACAACGAGAGUUUGAGUUCUGCCAUGACGAUCGCUGAUUCCGGGUGUUUGAUGGAGAAUGGAGGGAGUUGCUUGCCGUGCACGCCCGAGGAAGAGAAACAGAUUGUCAAGGACUUGAUGGAUGAAGCUGAGCUUAAUUUGAAAGAAGGCAACUCGUACUAUGUGAUUUCCGCCAGGUGGUUCACAACUUGGGAGAGGUAUGUUGGCCAGGGCAGUGAUGAUCACGUAGUUGAUAUGCAGUCUUCUGAUUCUCAAGAUUUUGCUGUUGUUUCUACAAGAAUAACUGAUAGACCUGGUCCAAUAAGUAACUCUGAUAUAGUUGAAAAUGGAGGUGAUGGUGAGGAUGAUGAUCUAGAGCUUUCUAGAACAUUGUUGGAAGGGAGAGACUAUGUUUUAGUUCCUCAAAAAGUUUGGGAAAAGCUUGUUCAGUGGUAUAGGGGAGGACCAGCAUUGCCAAGAAGGAUGAUUUCGCAGGGUGUUUUUAACAAAAAGCAGUUCAAUGUGGAGGUUUAUCCACUUUGUCUUAAGUUAAUUGAUUCCAGAGAUGACAUUGAAUUCACUAUAAGGUUAAGCAAAAAGGCUUCUCUUCAUGAGCUUUAUGAGAGGGUGUGUGCUCUUAGAGGAACAGAGAGAGAAAAGAUCAUUAUAUGGGACUACUUUAAUAAGCACAAGCAAUCACUGCUGGUUGAUUCAAAUCGUACCCUGGAGGAAUCAAACUUGCAGAUGGACCAAGAGAUGCUUCUGGAGCUGCAAGUUCAUGAUUCUUAUCCUUCCCAAUCUUCCAAGGAUUCAACAGGAAAUGAGUUGGCUUUGGUAGCCUUGGAACCUUCAAGGACUUCCCUGUCAAUUGCAGGUGGACCAACAUUGUCAAAUGGUCAUUCCAGUACUUAUAGCUUGAACUUAAGGCCAGGAAGUGCUUUAAAUUCAGGAUUCACAGAUAUUGAUGAUGCAUUUGGUGCUUAUAGUGCUGUCAGAAGAGGUGAGAGGGGAGGUUUGGCAGGAUUGCAGAAUAUGGGAAAUACUUGCUUUAUGAACAGUGCUCUUCAAUGCUUGGUCCACACUCCACCACUUGUUGAGUAUUUUUUGCAAGAUUACUCUGAUGAGAUCAACGCAGAAAAUCCUUUAGGAAUGCAUGGUGAACUUGCACUCGCUUUUGGUGAGUUGUUGAGGAAACUUUGGUCCUCAGGACGAAAUGCAAUUGCACCACGUGCAUUUAAGGGAAAACUAGCACUAUUUGCUCCACAAUUCAGUGGUUAUAAUCAGCAUGAUUCUCAAGAACUUCUUGCAUUUUUACUGGAUGGGCUGCAUGAAGAUUUGAAUCGUGUCAAGCAGAAACCUUACAUUGAAAUGAAGGAUUGGGGUGGUCGUCCAGAUGAGGAGGUUGCAGAUGAGUGUUGGAGAAAUCACAAAGCUCGGAAUGAUUCCAUAAUUGUGGAUGUUUGCCAAGGUCAAUACAAGUCAACGUUGGUUUGCCCAGUUUGCAGCAAAAUUUCAAUUACUUAUGAUCCCUUUAUGUAUUUGUCACUGCCGCUACCUUCAACUGUCACUCGUUCAAUGACAGUAACAGUGUUUUAUGGUGAUGGAAGUGGUCUUCCAAUGCCAUACACUGUGACAGUACUGAAAAACGGUAAUUGUAGAGAUCUUAUUCAGGCACUGAGUACAGCAUGCUGUUUGAGAAGUGAUGAAAGUUUUCUGCUGGCAGAAGUCUAUGAUCAUAGGAUUUAUCAUUUAUUUGAAAAUCCUUUGGAAUCAUUGACUUCUAUAAAGGAUGAAGAAUAUAUUGUGGCCUACCAGCUUUCUCAAAAGGGAACAGGAAAAAAGAAGCUGGAAAUUGUUCAUCAGGAAAAGACUGCAACAGACUUUCUGAAGGGUAGUGGAUGGAAGGAUUUUGGAGCACCUCUGCUUGCUCAAUUGGAAGAUGACUCACCAAGUGGAGCUGAUAUUGAGUUGGUUGCUUCUAGACUUCUCUCACCCUUGAGAAGAACAUGCUCAUCUAGUGUGGUUCAUAGUGGCAAGGAAAAUGGUUUUCUUUCAGAAGCUAAUGGCGAACCAUCAAAUAGUUGCAAUGGUCCAUCUGAAUCAGGGGUCCAGUCAAUGGACAACUGCAACACAUCCACCCAGGACUUGUCAUUCCAUCUCUUUUUAACUGAGGACCAGUAUUCAGGCCGCAAGCCUAUUUUUAAGGAUUCUGUCAUAAAAUCUGGAGCUAAUCGUAUAAAAAUUUUCCUAGAUUGGACUGAUAAGGAACUUAAAUUAUAUGAUCCCAGCUAUCUAAAAGAUCUUCCAGUGGUUUAUCAUAGAACUGGGUUUAAUGCGAAGAAAACCCGGCAGGAAGCUGUCUCUUUAUUUUCAUGCCUAGAGGCAUUCCUGACUGAAGAACCUCUAGGGCCUGAUGACAUGUGGUAUUGUCCUCGUUGUAAAGAACAUAGACAAGCCACCAAGAAGCUGGAUUUGUGGACCUUGCCUGAUAUUCUUGUUUUUCAUUUGAAACGAUUCUCAUACAGCAGAUACUUGAAGAACAAACUGGAUACUUUUGUGGAUUUCCUCAUUCACAAUCUUGAUUUGAGCAAAUUUGUAAAACGGAAGGAUGGGCGAUCAUAUAUAUAUGAACUAUAUGCUGUCAGCAACCAUUACGGUGGUCUUGGUGGUGGGCACUACACUGCUUUUGCAAAGUUGAUUGAUGAUAAUAGAUGGUACAAUUUUGAUGAUAGCUGUGUUUCUCCUGUUAAUGAGUCCGAUAUCAGGACUUCAGCUGCUUAUGUGUUGUUCUACCGAAGAGUUCAAACUGAAAUGAAGGUGGGACUAGGAGGGACAUCGCAGGGUCAUGCAGGUUCUUGAAGGCCAUGAAUGUUUGCAUCCUACAAUUCUGCGUCUAGGGACUUCAGACCUUUGUUAACCGAAGACUACUAAGCUGACGGUUCUAGCCUUGUCAGCCAACUUUUUCUGAAGAUCUCAAGCCUUGGCAAAGAUAGCGAUGAAUCUGUAAAUGCAUAAAGUUGCUGCAGGUGGAAUGAAGGAUUAGCUAAUAUUUUAUUAAUUCUUUUCUGAGAAUAUCUGGCUUAAUGUUAGGAGCUUAUAGAUCCCUGCUUAAUUACGCCGGGUUUAACCGUCUUCUUGUUACCUUAUUUGCAUAAUCAUUGGAUGAUAAGGUUUAAAUUUAACAUACUUACGAUUUCUGUAAACUCCGUUUAGGAUAAUUUGUCGGAAGAGUUGUGCAAUUUACUUGGAGGGAUUUAGAUGGUUUUAGACAAAGGACAGGCAUUUAUCUAACAAUCCUCAACUGUAUCAAUAUAUUUGUUUUUUGUACUUGUUACAUGAGGAGAAGCGGAAAGCUUUCCGGAUGCUAAAGAUAAUUUGAAUAUAGUUUUUCUUAUUGGUACUGCA